AUGAUUGUUCAGCCGACAUUAUCACCGAUAUCCUUAACCCAGUGGAUACAUCCCGCGAUUGCGAUUCUUUUAGCUACUUUCUGCUUAUUGACCGUUGCUGGCAACUGUCUUGUGGUGAUCGCAGUUUGCACGAAACGAUAUUUGAGGAAUCCAACUGGUUAUUUGAUAGUAUCGUUGGCGUUGGCUGAUUUGAUUGUUGGUUUGGUUGUGAUGCCGUUGAAUAGUUUAUUUGAGAUGACUCGACACAAGUGGAUACUCGGUCUGACCGUAUGUGACGUGUUCCAUGCACUAGACAUACUCGCCUCAACCAGCUCCAUAUGGAAUUUGUGUGUGAUCGCGUUGGACCGUUAUAUGGCUGGCUAUGAUCCGAUCGGAUACAGGGAUAAAGUCUCCACGCAACGCAUCACACUCGCCAUCUGCGCUGUCUGGAUUUUGAGUGCUUGUCAGUUAGAAUACUUUGCAUUUCAUUUCAGUCGCUUUUCGCUACAUCCAUUUUCAGGUCUCUCUUUUCCGGCUAUUGUUUGGUGGCGUAAAACUUCACCACACUUAUAUCUAGAUCAGUUGCGUAAAAGCAAUCGCAAGUGCGCAUCAUCGGAUACGCAACGGUGCUAUGCGACUAAUGCUGACGAUACGAUCCGCAUCCAUUUCGGCAAGAAGUCCACUCAAAAGCACGUUCGAUACAGCAAAACGAGCACUGUCUCGUCUCUAUCCACGUCCACCACCAACUACUAUAAUAAAACCAAGAGCAAACUCCCCUCAAACGAUCACCACCACUACCCUCUCCUUUCCCAUUCCACUACAAAUCAUAUGACUGCCACUACAAGCUCAUCGAUCAGCAGCAGCAGCAGCAUCACUCUAAGUAAUUACAAGUGCAAUAGCACUACUAAUAAGCCAUCUUCAUGUCUCAUUAUCACAACAACAAGUAAAACAACGAAGCAUUCCACUCAAAACUCGAAAAAUCCAUCAAUCAAACGGGUCUCAUCACUAGCCCUCUCGGAACCUUCAUUCGAUCAGAACGCCGCUCAUUUUAAGCGCCGAACGAACAGUCUGAACGCAGCACCACAACAAAUAUUAUCUUCUCACUUCAAAUGCUCCUCUAUUGACGGCAAACGUCACAUCAACAAUCACCAUAACAGUCACAAUAAUACCUCCUCAAAACAAGCAAAUGGAUGUGAUUCAGUUCCGAAACAACGCCACUCUAACAGCACCACUCUAAAAGCACCCAUCACUAACACCAAUCAUAACGAUGCUUCAAUGAAAUGCUUCAAUCCCACAUCUCAAUACUCCUUCCUGACCAGUUCACCGAGCAAUCGCAAACGCUACGGUGCAAUCCAUGCUCAUCAUCAAUUACAACGGCCCACUCACAAUCAUCAAACUAACAACCCACCUCAUAAAACAACCCUCACAAGCCAUACCAGCCAAAUUCCUCCGUGUUCAUUGACUCAUGCAAAUGUUCUAUCAAGAUCGUGCUCGUCAUCAGUAUUGCUCUCAUCUGGCCCACUCUCAAAAUCAGCUCAACUCGACGCAACAGUCAGAUCACCUCGUCCAACUGCAAAUCCAAUCGCAACUCCAUCCUCACCACUACUACCAGCCACAAGAUCAGUGCCUCUACAACAAGUAUCACGACAAACGUCCUCCAAUAAAAUGAAGUUAGGCGUACGUGAGAAGUCACGUCGUAUGAUUCGCUAUAUGCAUGAGCAACGUGCCGCACGCACCCUAUCCAUUGUUGUCGGUGUAUUUAUCGUGUGCUGGACACCGUUCUUCAUAUUCUCACCUAUUAUGACACUCUGUCAAAAGUGCGUGAGCAGUCGUGAAUUGGUCUUUUCGAUCAUCACUUGGGCUGGUCACUUGAACUCGAUGCUGAAUCCUUUCAUAUACUCACGAUUCAGUCGCGAAUUCAGACGUGCAUUCAAGCAGAUUCUGACGUGUCAACGUGCCCGCAAAACACACAUCAAAUCCGCCAUCCGCACACCACUCAGCAUCGUGUUCGCCCAACUCAUUUCAAUCACCCAAUUCUGGGAACAACCAACCAACCGCUCAUCACCACCAUCUCAUCAACAACUAUCACCAGCACUACAACCCACUCAUCACCCUUCAAGCCCAUCUGCUCGUCAUGUACAAUUCCCCACCUCUCCU